AUGGAAAAGACUGAAUUGAGCAAGGAUCAAAUGAAAAUCCUGAAGGAUGCCUUCGAUGCGUUUGACAUUGAGAAGAAGGGCAGCAUCUCGCUGGAAGUGAUCGGUACGAUCAUGGAACUGCUAGGGUACGCGCUGUCCGAGGAGGAGCUGAAGGAGGUCAUGGAAGACUACGACGAGGACGAGUCGGGUCAGAUCGAGUUCGAAGAGUUUAUCGAGCUGGCUUCGAAUUACGUCGAGCCGGAGGAGGACUACGAUGUGCUGAGGGCCGAACUGCGUGAAGUCUUCAUGCUGUACGAUAAGGACGGUACGGGUUUCAUUCCGGUAAACUCCUUCAAGCAGAUCCUCCGCGAGCUGGACGGUGCAGUGCCGGAAAACGAACUGGAUGACAUCGUGGACGAGAUUGAUGCGGAUGGGUCGGGCACGGUUGACUUUGAAGAAUUCAUGGAGGUUAUGACAGGUGAAUAA